GGGUGCCCAUUCCAUGGAUGUAUGUGAAGACACACUGUGUGCAGACCUUUCCCAGGGCUCGGCUGUGAUCGCCAGUAGCCAGAGCAGAUGCAACCCCUGCCCUCUGGGGCUUCAGUGCUGUUUGGGGUCCUCAGUCACCCUGGACAGCUGAGCAAGCAUUCCUCGCAAUGCAGUAGAUGGCACUUUCCCGGCCUCCCCAGAUGUGGAUCCACAGCAGUGCAAGAGGAGCCCAGGAGCGGCAGAGACACCGGAGAACACAGCGCUGCAGAGCUAAAGCCUGAGGAGAGGUCCUCCUUUUUUGUCCUCCACUUCUUGGUGGAGCUGCACUCCCAGGAGAAUCCACCAGCUGAACUCCUGGCCCAGCUGGAGCAAGCUGAGCCCACUGAGGCACAGCCCAUGGGACCAGCUCCAGCCCCAACUGAAGUCCCACGUGCGGAGCCCGAGCCAGCUCCACCUGCAGCUUCCUGCCCAGCGCUGGGACCACAGCCAGAGUCCGUGGCAGCCCCUUCACCUGCUGCAGUGCUAGGGCACCCGGUGGUUGCAUGGCGGUCGGUGUCACCUCCUGAGCUCCGCCUGGGGCCAGCUCCUGGCCCCCUCCCACUGUUCCCCUCACUUAUGCUGGCUCUUGCAAUUGUAUUUACAAUUGCCCUUAUUUCUUGGAUUUAUAUAAAUAAUAGAACUAGCUUUUAAUAAAACUUAAAAUUUUAGUGUUUAAAAGGGUCAGCGUGGUGGCCUGAAGUGCCUUCUCCCUGUGUGUGCCCAUCCCCAGAGCACUGUGCUUGGUGGCUCCUGCCCACGCCCCUGGCCACUGCUCCUCUCGUGUACCCAUGGGCACCUGGCCUGCAGGGUUCACACCAGUGCAGUCGGACUUGCCUUUGGCCACACAGUCGUGAGAGGGGCUGAUGAAUCUUGUGCUAUGCAGAAGGGGAAACCCUAGAAAGAUCCUGGCCAUUUUUCAUUGGCUUCUUCAGUAGGUAAUCCAGGUUGUGUUGCCAGACAGGAUGUAUUUAUCACAGUAAGAUAACGUGUGCAGUCUGAAUGAAGGACAGGCGAAGGGCACCGCUGCAGGAAACCCACUGGGCCGUGGCCUCCCCUAGGCGCCCCCUCCUUGUCUGGAUCUCAGGGUUCAGGCUGUGUCUUCCCUGCUGGGAGGGGGUGCGCCACUCCUCAGCUCUCCUACCAUAUCAUUACGUGCGUGGGGACCUGGCCUGUCAAGCUCAACCCCACACAUUCAGAGCCCCAGUGACACAGUUGGCUCAGCAGCCUCUGCCCUCCUGGUUCCAGGGUCCCCGGUGUCUGUGUCAUCAAUGCUGCUUUUUAGGGUGGAAGCC